UGCUUCAACACAGGGUUUGCCAAAAAGUGUUUCAUUCCCUACGGACCAACAUUUGGCAAAAGCUUCAAGCAAGGGAAAGUCGUUGAUAUUGAUCUAUCCAUGAAGACGAUAAUGCUGGAAACUGGAGAGAAAAUUGCUUAUGAUGACCUCGUACUUGCAACUGGCACUGGUGGCCCAUUUCCUGCGAAAAUUGCUUUGGAUACAAACAAGGACAAAGCCAUUCAGCGUUACGAGAAGUAUACCAAGCUAGUAAAAGACGCCAUGAAGAUCGGGGUUGUAGGUGGGGGAGCUGUUGGAGUGGAAAUAGCUGGAGACAUCAUGGAGGAUUACAAAGACAAGGCCGAUGUGUAUCUCAUACAUCCCAGGGAAAAUCUAGUCAAUGAUGAAGUUAACGAGACCUUUCAGUCCACGAUCAAGGCAAAGCUUGAAAGUUUAGGGGUCACCAUGUUUCUUGGGGAGCGAGUGAUGAAUAUGGACGAAGUAAAAGAAAAGGGAUAUCAAAACGUCAUGCUAGUCACCGAUAAAGGGAGGCAAAUGAAAGUAGACCUGGUCAUUCCUUGCACUGGUCUAAAAGUGAACACCGAAGCUUACAGGAAAAGUCUAGGAGAUAAAAUGAAUCGACUUGGUCGUCUAAAUGUCGAUGACUUUCUCCAAGUGAAAGAUGUUCCGGAUGUGUACGCGAUCGGGGACUGUAACGAUGUUCCAGAGAUCAAGCUGGCGUAUGGAGCUGAGACACAAGGAAAGUACAUUGCUGACAACCUAAAGCUCAAACAUGAGGGGAAAGCGAUGAAACCUUACAACGUUAACAAGAGUGUAUUCAUGGUGCUGUGCUGCGGACGAUCAGGGGGUGCCGCCCAAGUGUGGAGGGGCUGGGUGUUUGGAGAUUGGUUUGCGUCAAAGAUCAAAGGUCAAAGCGUGUUCACUCCGAUGCAAUGGAAAAAUAUGGGGCAGAAAAUGCCUGAAGAUUAAAUUUUCAUUUUCGUUUGGCCAUGGUUGAAACUCUUAAUAGAUAUAGACUCUCAUUUGAUGACACGUCUUCUUGCAGUAAUUAUUCACUGCUAAGAUAUUUUUGUGGUUGUGUUACACAGUCUCGUCAGUAAAAAUAAAGGUUUUCACAAAAAGCACUUGUAGUUUUUUCUUAUGUUACAAAAUAAAGUAUGUAUGUGUUA